CAAAUUUCAUUGCGAGGUAAUUCAUUCUGUCUGACCUCACCCUUGGGACCUUGGGACAGUGACUUCACCUGAUUAUUUAAACACCUGCGUGUCGCCAAAAUAUUGCUGCCUUGUUGGCUUCCAAAUCUGGAGGAAAAGAUUCCAGAACCCGGAGUCCUAGAUAUUUAGCAUUCAAGCAUAAGUGUUCGGGGCCGUGCCUGUUAGCUAAGCUAUAAAGUACGCGAUAGCUGAUUAACAAGCGAUAUGGAAUCCAAUAAUUUGGGAGGAAGUAACAAAACCACAGAGUAUGAAUCAAUCAUAAGUUCGCAAAAGGAGCAAUUGAAUCGCUACGAAAGCCGACUGAAGGACAUCAUCAUUGCCUACAAGGGUUUAGCGAAAGAGAAGGCUGCUUUAGAAGCCGCUAUGCAGACAUUCCAAAAACCAUUGUUGCAAAAUACAAAUGAAAAAAGUACCAACGCAUCCACACCGUCUACCGAAAAAGCCACAGGGACAUCAAGGCAGAUGCAGACACUUUUUAUGAAUAUAGCAACUCUUACCGAAGAGCGCAACCGGAUCGAAGAUAGUUUAAAACAAGAACGCAAUCAACUACGACAGGAACUUGUCUCUAAAAAUGAAACUAUUCAAGAACUCACAGAACGCGUUACUGCCUUGGAAAAGCACGGAAAAUUUGGCCUGCCUGCUAGCAAUACUGCUAAUGAUCAGCUUAAUUGUGAGAUGAACAAUGAGAGCCAGCUUCUUACUAUACGAGAACUUAAAAAGAUGCUUGUCGAUGAACGAAAUUUGAACGAAAAGUUGGAAAUGCAGCUUAGUGAUUUAAAAACUCAGAUGCUCCUAAUAAUGCCAGAGCGCCUGCCUCCCGGUACCAACCGCAACGCUAGAGUCUUAAAUCCACCAGUAAUGGAUAGCGUCCAGCCUAAUGAGAAGAGCAGUGCUAGUUUAAAAGAAUCUCUUCAGGGGUUACAGCUGGAAAUGAUCCAUCUAAAACAACAAUAUGAACGUACGGUAGCCGACGAGAAGAUGCGCGUUUGUGUAGCAGAAGAACGAAGUAAGCGAUUGGCAGAAGUUCACGAGGAGCGUGUUGUGAACCUUGAGGCACGUAUUUCAGAACUGAGCGCACUCAUCGGUAAAUACGAUCUUUUGAGAGAACGAGAUAAAAGAAAUAUUAUCAACCUCAAAGAAACAAUAGCACUGCUGAAAAAAAAUGUUGAAACAGAAGCGAUCGUGUGUUUACCAGCCCAUCUCGAAUCGCCAAUGGCUGGCCAAGGAUGCCAACUUGAGAAACCAGAACGACUCGAAGUGCACGAACCAGAACAUGAACAGUUAGCAUCGAAAUUGUUUUUAGAAGCAAAUAAUGAAAAGAAGCUAGACGGUUUCCAUGAUAUUUCUAAUGAGCUGGAAUGUUACAAGCGCCGAUACGACCAGUGCAUUAAUGAGAAUCGAAGGCUUCGCGAAGAGUUGCUGCUGAGUCAGGAACUGGUUACUCAAUUAAAACAGAAACUCACCAAAAUGAAACUUUCAACAGAGCAAUUAGAAGCUGACUUUGAAUGUAAACUGUCUGAAUAUGCAAUUAUGCAGAAAAGAGAAACAUCACAGCACAAUGAGAAGAUUAAUAAUUUGCAAGUAUCGUUCGAGCGUCAGAUUGGAAAUCUGCAAGAUACAUUACAGAAGCAACGUGAACGCUCGCUGGCGGUAAUGGAGGAAAAGGAAGAAGAAAUUAAAGCCCUACGUACCUCAAUGGAAAUUCUGUCUCUUUCAACCGCCACAUUGCGUCAGCAAGAACAAAAUUAUAUUUUGCAUCGUGAAGGUUUCAAUGGCACCCACGCAAUUACUGCAUUCAGUGAGUCAAAUUCAACUCUCGGCCUAGGGUCUUCGUACGAUUCUACGACAGAAGAACAACAUUUACUUCAUUAUGUCCAGGAAAUAGCUCGAAAAAAUUUGGAAAUCAGUGCAAUGCGCACUUCCAAAAACACAAUCGAAAGCACUCUUCGUCAAACAUUACAGGAAAAAGUAUUUGUGGAAGAAAAUUUGAAAGAUGAGAUAGCCCGAUUGGAAAAAGAGAUUGAGCGCUUGCGGAGCAAUACUAACCAAGAGGGUUCAAAUUUGGAAUAUUUAAAAAAUGUAAUUCUUAGUUUUCUUCUAACGCGCAAUUGCGACAGUAGAAAGCAUAUGACGAACGCAAUUGCUGCAGUUUUGAAAUUUGAUGAAAGUGAAAUUCAAGCAAUUAACGAUGUAAAGAUAUGAUAUUUUAUGUUUAAUUUAUUUUAUCAGUUGGUUAAAAACAGUUAUUUACAAAAGAAAUAAAAAAUAGUGCUUGUUUAAGAGGA